AGUGUUACCAAAUUUCUUGCAAAUUCUCUCUGGAACAGAAAUCAAAUGCGUUUUCGCGUUUUUGUGCUAAAACUAUUCCAAACAAUUUGAAAAAAUUAAGUCAUGGCUUCGGAGUCCGCUGCCAUGGACAUUUUGGACAGCGCAGAAGCAUCUUUGAAUGUGGCUCCGACCGCUUUGGUGGAGAAGGAAAAAAAGGUGCAGCCGGCAACCGACGAGACAACACCGGAGAAAAAAGCAAAAAUGGAAAUAGAUGCUGAAAUGAAGGACUUGACUAAUGACAUUCCCAAUUCGAGAAAGUCUCAAGAAAAGGAUCCAGAUGCACUUGAGGACGCCAAGGAUCCCGAAGCUGACAGUAGCAUUGAGUUGCUGUGUAGCCCUACUCCCGCAGAGGCUACAGAUGUAGAUGCAAUGGCCUCAAAAACCGAAUCGGACAACAGCGUGGAGCUCCUCGAAAGCCCCCUCAAAUCGCCUUCCUCAAACGAUGUUAACGAUGAAGAGUUGUUGCCACUUGAAGAGAAGGAAAAACCAGGCCCCGCAAAGGAGUUGGAGCCAAAAGAAAGUGAACCCGACAGCAAGGAAAGCAGCAAAAGUGAAGCGUUGGCUGACAGCAGCAUUGAACUAAUAAGCAGUCCCACUUCGGAUGACUCGCUUGCAAAGGAGAAGGAGGUGGAGGUGAAGGAGGAACACGGACAGCAAGCUGAAGCUCAGGUGCUGCAAGAGAUUCCACGGAAAGCUGACGACAGUUUCAAACUGCAGGAUGAUAUAGCUAUGGAAGAAGAUGUACCAGUUCCAAGAUCGAAAGCAAUGCAAGAAUCCAAGGAAACCCAAAAAACUUCCAAAACUACAACUAAGCUGGAGCCGCUUGUCGAUUCCAUCAAGGAUGCAAUAGAAGAUCUAGAAAUAGGUAGCCCUCCAAAAGAAGCUGAGGAAAAGUCUAAAACCGACUUUGCCUGGGAUGGGAGGAUCUCUUACAACAAAGAUUGCAUCAACUGCAACUGCAAGCGGCUAAAAAAGCAGUAUGUGCUGGCGUGCGUGGCUAUUCUGAACUUCUACAAGGUCCCGAGGAAGUUGAAAAGGUCGCAGUACGUUUGCCUGGACUGCUACGACACGGCCGUGGAAAUGUACGAGGAAUAUGCUGGACUGCUGUUGGCAAAGCAACCGCUGCUGCUGAGGGAAUUUAAGCAGGAGCAGGCUGAUUUUGUGACCCUGGACAGCAGCGACGAGGAGGAGGACGAAAAGACACCAGAAAAACCCGAGUUUUCCAAAAAUGUUUUGGAUCUGAUCGAGAACGAACUGGAAGAUGCCAUUAAGAAGACGCUGAAUAAGGUGGAAUUUUCAAAUCAAUUCAACUGGUCCAAAACUAUCCUUCAAGCCAAAAUUGAGCGAUUGGCAAAGGAGUUCGAGGAGGUGGAUUUACAGCUGGCCCAGGUCCAAGGCUUGGCUGACAAAAUGCACUGCUCCGUGUACAACUCAUGCCAGGUAGUUCACAAACAAUUGCCUCCUCUGGAUCUCCAUCAAAAUAUCUGCCCUAGUGAUUAUAAACGCCUGCAGCAACUGCCAGCUGCUGGUGAUAUCGUGCGGCCCCCGAUCAAAAUUGGGGAGACCUACUACGCCGUCAAGAACAAGGCCAUUGCUAGCUGGGUAUCUGUAAGUGUGAUGGAGAUCUGCGACACCACCACCGGCGGAGGUGUCACCGUGAAGGCCUAUAAGAUCAAGUAUCAGCACAUGCCAUAUCCGAUGAUGAAGACGGUGGCGGCCAAGCACUUGGCCUAUUUUGAUCCGCCGACAGUGCGUCUGCCCAUCGGUACACGCGUGAUCGCAUUCUUUGAUGGCACAUUGGUAGGUGGCAAAGAGAAGGGCGUGGUGCAGAGUGCUUUCUAUCCGGGCAUCAUUGCCGAGCCCCUGAAGCAAAACAAUCGCUUUCGCUACCUGAUAUUUUACGACGACGGCUACACCCAGUAUGUGCAUCACAGCGAUGUACGUCUGGUGUGCCAGGCAUCCGAAAAGGUGUGGGAGGAUGUACAUCCCGCCUCGCGCGAUUUUAUCCAGAAGUACGUGGAGAGAUAUGCGGUGGAUAGGCCCAUGGUGCAAUGCACCAAAGGACAAAGCAUGAACACCGAGUCGAACGGCACCUGGCUGUACGCCCGAGUCAUUGAAGUCGACUGCAGCCUGGUGCUGAUGCAGUUCGAGGCUGACAAGAACCACACGGAAUGGAUCUAUCGCGGCUCGCUGCGCCUGGCUCCCGUCUUCAAGGAGACCCAGAAUUCUCUGAAUGCCGACUGUGCCAUCCACCAGAUGAGGGUCCCAAGGCGCACGGAACCGUUCAUACGUUACACCAAGGAGAUGGAGUCCAGCAACAUGCAGGUGGAUCAACAGAUACGUGCCAUAGCCCGCAAAAGCACUUCGAAAUCAGGUUCGCCUGCAUCAACUGCAGCACCUCCAACUGGAUCAUCCUCAUCCUCCGCUGUCCGUCACCUGAACAACUCCACCAUUUACGUGGACGAUGACACCCGUCCCAAGGGUCAGGUGGUGCACUUCACGGCAAAGCGUAAUAUGCCGCCGAAGAUAUUCAAGAGCCACAAAUGCAAUCCGGGCUGUCCCUUCCCGAUGAUGCACCGUUUGGACAGCUACAGUCCGCUGUCCAAGCCACUACUGUCAGGAUGGGAGCGCAUGUUUAUGAAGCAGAAGACCAAGCGGACUGUCGUCUAUCGCGGUCCCUGUGGCCGGAAUCUGCGCAACAUGGCCGAAGUGCACACCUAUCUGCGGCUAACCAAUAAUGUCCUGAAUGUAGACAACUUUGAUUUCACUCCCGAUCUGCGCUGCCUGGCCGAAUACUACAUAGAAUCGACCAUCGUCAAGGAGGCGGACAUCUCCAAGGGGCAGGAGAAGAUGGCGAUACCUCUAGUCAACUACUACGACAACACUCUGCCGCCGCCCUGCGAAUAUGCCAAACAGCGCAUUCCAACCGAGGGCGUGAACCUGAAUCUCGAAGAGGAGUUCCUUGUGUGCUGCGAUUGUGAGGAUGAUUGUUCGGACAAAGAGUCGUGCGCCUGCUGGCAGCUGACCGUGACCGGCGUCAGGUACUGCAAUCCCAAGAAGCCCAUUGAAGAGAUCGGUUACCAGUACAAGCGUCUGCACGAGGGCGUACUGACGGGCAUCUACGAGUGCAACUCACGCUGUAAAUGUAAGAAGAAUUGCUUGAACCGCGUGGUCCAGCACUCGCUGGAGAUGAAGCUGCAGGUAUUCAAAACCUCCAACCGUGGCUGGGGACUACGCUGUGUCAACGACAUUCCCAAAGGCGCUUUCGUGUGCAUCUAUGCCGGUCACUUGCUGACGGAGGCGAAGGCCAAUGAGGGCGGUCAGGAUGCGGGGGACGAAUACUUUGCCGAUCUCGACUACAUUGAGGUGGCCGAGCAGCUGAAGGAGGGCUAUGAGUCGGACGUGGAGCGCGCGGAUCUGGACCACGAAGAUGACAACUACGGCCCCGAUGCAGAGGACGACGAUGACUUUCGACCCAACAACUAUUAUCAGAAGAAGAAGGAAAAGCUGCGCUCCUCACGCAGCAACAGCAGCAGCACGCAGAACACCGAAUUGGACUCGCAAGAACGGACAGUAAUUAGCUUCAAUCCAAACACUGAUCUGGAUGAAACAGUGCGUGAAAACUCUGUGCGCCGCUUCUUUGGCAAAGACCAGACCCCCUUCAUCAUGGACGCGAAGACAACUGGCAAUUUGGGACGCUACUUCAAUCAUUCGUGCAGCCCCAAUCUGUUUGUUCAGAAUGUCUUUGUAGAUACCCACGAUCUGCGUUUCCCCUGGGUCGGCUUCUUCGCGUCCUCGCACAUUCGCUCUGGCACAGAGCUGACCUGGAACUACAACUACGAGGUAGGCGUGGUCCCCAACAAGGUUCUCUAUUGCCAGUGCGGUGCCCAGAACUGUCGAGUGCGUCUGCUCUAAUUUAGUUUCAAGCUCCAACAUAAUACAAAAUAAACAAUUAAAAAUAUUUUUUUUUA